UUUAUUUGUCUCUUUUAGACGUUACAGAGUAGUUUAAAGAAAAUUCGGCUGCUUUUUCUAGCAGGUCGAAAGACCAUGCAAAAGGGUUCUGCCAGCUGAUUUUAGCAGUCCCGUUUUAUCGGAAAUGAGGCUUUUCUAUUGGCUAAAAUUCCAUUACGAAUUGUUCGUAAUCACUUUAUUAUUAACUUCUAAAAUAAUCAGGAAAUUAUUUUCAAGUUGUCGGAAGAAAUUUAACCGGAUCCGGAAGUGAUAUGUAAACGAUGGCGGAGAAAUGGAGGGACAAGAGAAUCGGAAAAGACGACGAGGUGUAAAUAGGAAGUACAGGAUCGCAGUGAAUAAGAGCCGAGCUAUACGGUUAGAGAGUUACAUGAUAGUUAUCCCCCCUUGUAUGUUAUGUGUUUAUAUUUUUCUAGAUUUCUAACGCGCCUGCUGUGAGUUUGCACCUGCUAAUUGCUUUGAUGACACCACACACACACACACACACGACACGCACAUAUAUACACGCAUACACAUAUAAAUACUUACACUAAAUACUUAGCGAUUAGGAACUCAAGUGAGCUCUGAAACAACACCCAUCUCAGAGACAAGUGUUUCGGACCCUAACUUAGACUCUAACGGGGCCCGGGCCGCAUUCUGGCCAUGACCCCUGGGUACCAUUCUGCUGAUAGCUUUCCGCCACUUGGAUAUCGGAGACUUGGACAUUUUAAAACCCUUGGAAACUUCAUCCAGUUGUAAUUCCUCACCGUUGACUCAGAUUAUACUGAAAGAAGAAAUAACGUUGGUAUGUGUAAAAGAAUGAAAGUAUAGAAAAUUAUCGAUUAUCGAUACAACUUCAGGGUAGAAAUGAAUAUUACAGGAGCUUAAAAUCACAAGAGACCAGUACAAGAUCGGUUGUAACUUAAGGAUAUCAGAUGACAUUGGAUUUAAAGAAUUAUGUUUUACUCUGGAUGCGUCACCAAUAUUUAUCAUCACUCAUUGACCAAAGGAACAUGUUAUACAGAAGAGAUAUUCCACCGUUUUUUUUUUAUUUCAUAAAAUCUAUGAUAUGUUUCCUCUGAACUGAAGUAUAUAGUGAAAAAAAACCCAAUGUCUUUAAAAGUUAAAGAAGCGAUUUUUAUAUUCUCAAUUGCAGGAUGAUGCUAAUAAUAUAGCCUGAACAGGAUAAGAUACCCCUAUUUUGCAGAAAAAAGUGUAGCUGGUUAGCUGUGGACUCGAACUCACAAUGUCUUUAAUUCACUGCCUGAAAUAUGUACCUGAUGGUUUUGGAUUUUAAUUUAACUCAGAUUACAAAGUAAUUAGCAGCAUCUACAGAUAUUGACUAAAAUUACAGUUGAUAGAAAUAUUGCACAAGAAAUAUGUGUUAGGAAUUAAAUAUAUAUAUAUAUACAUACAUACAUCAUCAUCAUCGUUUAACGUCUGCUUUCCAUGCUAGCAUGGGUUGGACGAUUUGACCGAGGACUGGUGAAACCGGAUGGCAACACCGUAUGUAUGUAUAUAUUUAUACAUAGUCAAGACUAUUGAAAAGGUUGCAAGACGCAAUGAAAAUAAGGAAUAAGUGGAAAUUUUACUGGUGAGUGUGUUAAAUUAUAAGACACCAAAAGAGAAUGACUCUCCCCAACACACGAACUCACAUAAAUCUUGCAAACCAAAUCCCAAAACGAAAUAUAUAAUUAUAUAUAUAUAUAUAUAUAUAUAUUGUAUAUAUAUGGUAACUGUUCAGAAGAAAAGUUUGUAUAGUGUGGUGAAAGGAGAAAUAUUAUGGAAAAUGAACUGUGUGAGACACAAACUGAAAAGUUUGGUUUUUCUGAUGAGAUGCCAAAAGAUUCCGAAACAGCAUUAUACCAGUGUGAUAUCUGUCAAAAAUCAUUCUCUCAAAAAUGUGAUCUCACUACACACCAACUUGUUCAUACAAAAAAGAUGCCACAUUCGUGUGAUAUCUGUGGUAAAUCAUUCUCUCGCGCUCGCCACUUAACCGAUCACAUACGUAUUCACACAGGAGAGAAGCCAUUUCACUGCGAUAUCUGUGGAAAAUCAUUCUCUCUUAGUCAUCACUUAACUAGUCACAAACGCGUUCACACAGGAGAAAAGCCAUUUAACUGUAACGUGUGUGGUAAAUCAUUCUCGCAAAAAAGUAACUUAACUAAACACAAACUCAUUCAUAUGGGAGAGAGUCCUGACCACAUUAACGUCUCUGGUGAAUCAUUUGCUCAGAAUGAUGGCAUAACUAAUCUGAAAUGCCUUCAGACGGCAGAGAAACUAUAUCACUGUGAUAUUUGUGGUAAAUCUACUUCUAGUAGUAGUAACUUAAUUGAGCACAUACGAAUUCAUACAGGAGAGAAACCAUUUCAUUGUGAUAUUUGUGGUAAAACAUUCGCUCGCAAUCGCCACUUGACAGAACACAAACGCAUUCACACAGGAGAGAAGCCAUAUCAGUGUGAUAUCUGUGACAAAUCGUUUUCUUGGAAUCAUCACUUAACUGAACACAAAUACAUCCAUACAGGUCAGAAGCCAUAUCAUUGCGAUAUCUGUGAUAAACCAUUCUCUACAAAAAGUAAUUUAACCACUCACGAACGCAUUCAUACAGAAACGAAACCUUUCCAGUGUGAUACAUGUGGUAAAUUAUUUUCCGAUGAAAGCUCGUUAACUGAACAUAAGUGCAUUCAUACAGGUGAGAAACCAUAUCACUGUGAUAUCUGUGGUAAAUCUUUCUCACGUAAUCGUUAUUUGACUGAACACAAGAACAUUCAUACAGGAGACAUGCCAUAUCACUGUGAUAUCUGUGGCAGUUCAUUCUAUCGGUAUUAUCACUUAAACGAACAUAAACGCACUCAUUCCGGAGAGAAUCCACAUCAGUGCGAUAUCUGUGGUAAAUCGUUCUCCGGUAGUAGUAAUUUAACUGACCACAUACGUAUUCAUACAGGUGAGAAGCCAUAUCACUGUGAUAUCUGCGGUAAAUCGUUCUCUCGAAAUCAUGAUUUGACUGUACACAAACGACAUCAUACAGGAGAGAAACCAUAUCGCUGUGACGUCUGUGGUAAGUCGUUUCCAGCCAGUACGAAUUUAACCACGCACAAGCGGAUUCACACAGGUGAGAAACCACACCAGUGUGACAUCUGUGGUAAAUCAUUCCCUCGGAAAAGCUACCUAACUGAACACAAGCGUAGUCACACUGGAGAGAAGCCAUAUCACUGUGACAUCUGUGGUAAGUCAUUCUCGCAGAGAGGUAACUUGACAGAGCACAUUCGUAUUCAUACAGGUGAGAAGCCAUACCAUUGUCACACCUGUGAGAAGUCGUUCUCUCAGAAAAGUAAUUUGACUGAACACAUUCGCAUUCAUACAGGUGAGAAACCGUAUCACUGUGAUAUCUGCGGUAAGUCGCUAUCCAAAAAAAUCAGCGUGAUUGAGCACAAAUACAUUCAUGCUGGAGAGAAGCCAUAUCACUGUGAUAUUUGUGGUAAAGCGUUCUCUCAAAAAGGAAACUUGCCUAAACACAAACGUAUUCACACGGGGGAGAAACCAUACGACUGUGAUAUCUGUGGGAAAUCGUUUUCAGUGAAUUUUUAUUUGACAGAACAUAAACACAGCCAUACAGGGGAGAAGCCGUACCAUUGUGACGUCUGUGAUAAAUCAUUCUCCCGGCUUCAUAGUUUGACUGAGCACAAGCAGAUACAUACAGGAGAGAGGCAGUUCCAUUGUGAUAUCUGUGGUAAGUCGUUCUCUCGAAAUCUCCAUUUAGUUGAUCACAAAUACAUUCACACAGGAGGUAAGCCGUAUCGAUGUGAUGUAUGUGGCAAGUCGUUCCUUCGAAAUUUCCACUUGAACGAACACAAACACACUCACACAGGAGAGAAGCCAUAUCACUGUGACGCCUGUGGUAAAUCGUUCUCUCGCAAACAACAGUUGACUUCACAUUGUUGUAUCCGUACAGAAGAAUGACGUUACCAAACGUCUGUGGCCCUUCUUGAAAAAGAAGCAUUUUCAGCUUCAUCAAUUGCCUCUGUCUCCAUUUUUGGCAGAAUAUGCGCUAACAUGAGAUAGUUUCCUCUACAGCAUUUGGUCUUUGGCAGUUCACUCACACAGGAGAUAAGCCAUAUCACUGUGACUCCUGUAGGAAGUACUUCUCUUGCAAACAACAGUUGACUUCACAUGGUUGUAUCCGUACAGAAGAAUGAUGUUGCCAAAUGUCUGAGGCCUUUCUAGAGAAAGAAAUAUUUUCAUCUUCAUCAAUUGCUUCUGUCUCCAUUUUUGGCGGAAUGUGCGCUAACAUGAGAUAGUUGUCUCUACAACAUUUGAUCUGUGGCGGUACACUCACACAGGAGAGAAGCCAUUUCACUGUGAUGCCUGUGGAAAAUCAUUCUCUUGCAAGCAACAGUUCACUUCACAUGGUUGUAUCCGUACAGAAGAAUGAUGGCACCAAACGUCUGAAGCAUUUUGAGCAGUGCUCUAACAAUUCUGCCAGUUUGCCACCUUAAACACCAGCUAAAUAAUGACAGUUGUUUUAACUAAAUUCUUUAUUAUUUUCAAAGUUAACUGAAACAAAGACAGUGCAUUCAACAAUUUAAUUACGAUAAAAUUAUUUUACAAAGUUCUUUAUUAUUUUCAAAAUUAAUUAAAACAAAGGCGGAGUAACAGAAAUAUGUUAAAAAAAAAAGGGUUAUUAUAUUGCUCUCUUCCCUUUAAGGUGUGCUGUAUGGAUUCCCUUGGGAUCCAGUAAUAUAGGCCCCAGGACGAGUAUUUACAGAGCAGGGAGAUAACAGUUGGGGAAUUUACAUUAAUUACCUCCCCUGAUCUGUGUAUUUAGUUUGAAACAUUGCAGUUUUAAUCGACCUUGUGUAUUCUCAUCUGUAUUCUGCCACAGCUUGCUGUGCAAUACCAUUCUUCAGGGCACUGUUGAGGUAGGGUGACAGAGAAAAUCCUGGUUUGGCAACAUCAAAGACUGGACCGGUCACAACACAGUGAACAUAUGACAAAAAACUGAGACCAGUGGCAAUGGCUGACAAUGGAAGUAUGUAAAGUAGCAUCCCAACAACUGGCUGCAUCAGACAAGGAAUCUUGAUGAUGAAAAUUCCCAAGUGGCUCGCUUGAAUAAAUGUGAUUAUUCCUUCACAUGAAA